AUGUCGCCACAUCUUAUCACAUGUCACCACAUCUUACAACAUGUCACCACAUCUUACCUCAUGUCACCACAUCUUACCACAUGUCACCACAUCUUACCUCAUGUCACCACAUUUUAUCACAUGUCCCCACAUCUGAUCAUAUAUCACCACAUCUUACCACCUGUCACCACAUCCCAAGACAUGUCACCACAUCUUACCACAUGUCACCACAUUUUAUCACAAGUCACCACAUCUUACCACCUGUCACCAUAUCUUACAACAUGUCACCACAUCUUACCUCAUGUCACCACAUCUUACCACAUGUCACCACAUCUUACCUCAUGUCACCACAUUUUAUCACAUGUCCCCACAUCUUAUCAUAUAUCACCACAUCUUACCACCUGUCACCACAUCCCAAGACAUGUCACCACAUCUUACCACAUGUCACCACAUUUUAUCACAAGUCACCACAUCUUACCACCUGUCACCAUAUCUUAA